ACUUCCUGCUUAAAGUGUUAUUAAACAAGAGAAAAAUAUUUAGUCUUGUUAUUUCAAGAAUAGUUCUAAUAGUGGACGGAAUCUAAACCACUAACUGUAAAUUUUACAUUGGCAACGAAAGUUUUGUAGCGUUGUGUUCCAAAAUCUGUCAACCUAUGCCUAAAAUGGAUUACGGUAAACUGGCUCAAGAGAAAAACGAUGCAAAUACCGUUGAGAAUUUACCAAUCAUCGUGUAUAUGUCGAUUGUUUGUUCUGCUGGCAUCGUCGGGAAUUUCGUCGCCUUGCUGUUUUACGUUUCAAGGACAAAUAAAUCAUCUGCAACCUUAGCGCUAACUGCACUGUCUGGAAACGAUUUUAUUUGCUCUGUAGUACUGCUUGCAACUACAGCUGGGCUCGUUCAUUCGAUGACGUACACAAAUGAGGCGGCGUGCAAACUUCAGGGAUUCCUUAACCACGUGUUUGUUAUGAAUUCCAUCUUUUUGCUAUUCAUCUUAGCCCUGGAUCGGUACUUUAGCAUCUGCAAGACAUCAUCAUGGAAGUCACUAUUUGCAAAAAGGAAAAAUGUGGUGUGUAACAUCGUUUGCACCACAGCACUUUCAAUUCUGUUUUCAAUACGAGAACUUGUCUUUUUCGAAGCUGGACCCAUAGUUUUUACUGUAGCCGAGAAUGUAACCGUCAUAGGUAACCACUGCAUGAUAACCGGAGAAAAGCGUCUCGCAAAAAUUGUCACCGCUUUUAACAUUAUUGACUUCAUUGUGAUCCUCGUUAUUAUGAUCGUAAUGCUAACUCUGUAUGCAUUUAUCAUACGUAAGGUUUCUUCUGUUGGCAAACGUCGUCGUGCAACGCCCAAUAAUAUUGCUUCGGACGAUAGCAAAUCAACUGAAGUUUCAGACAUCUCUUCAAAGGCUGUAAAACAAAGUCCAAAUGAAAGUGCAGAUGUUGUAAGAGAUAGACCUACAACAAUUCACCCUAAGACUAUACAUUUAAGCAACACAGAUCACUGGAGCUCGACAAUCGAACGACGGCUGACUCAGAUGGUAUUUAUUCUUACGUUGGCAUCCGUCUUGAGUUUUGUCCCUUACUUCAUCGUGUCAAUAAUAGCUCAAAUUCAUAAAGUGCUGCCCGAUUUGGGCUAGGAUUGUAUACAGGUCUUAUGCUUUGAAUUCCUCUUUGAACCCUUAUCUGAUAGGAUACUACAACUCGGAAUUUCGGGCGUUCAUUAAAAAGAUCAUUACUUGCCGUUUCUUGCCAAGUUUAAGAAGAAACUAAAUGUUUAAAUACUUAUUUUCGAAUCUAAAGCCCUUCAUGUAAACCUAUUAUAUAUCUGUAGGUGUGUAUCGAUGCCGUUGUAUAUAUAUAUAUAUAUACGUUUAAAUACACUUUUUAAUAAACUUAAUUAGAAUGCGAAUUGUGAAAUAACACGUAAAAUAUCGACACAACGCAAAACGGUCUAAACUAUAUAUCAUGUUUAACAUUUACAAAAGACAUCCUGUUUACCAAUGUUCCGGAUCGAAAACAUGUAAACUGUAAUACGAUCGUUGAAUCAUGAAUUAAUAUUGUAUGCAAUGCAAACGCUGAUUGUGUAAGUCGAUAAAUCCUUCAUUUACGGAUGUUAUGUAUAAAACACGAUGUUUCUAUAAAACAUGUCAUAAUGUUGUUAAAUUUGCAUACUAUAUUGAUUCGUUUGAAUUUGGAGAAUGUUUCUGUAAACAACCUACAUAUCUGUAUCGUGCAGCAGUGAUUUGUCAUAUUAUAUGAGGUGAAAGGUUGCCUUUAUCUCAUAUUAUUGAUCAAGACUUGUUACAAAUAUAAAAUUAAAUUCACAAAUUCAAUUUAUUGGGCACUGUACUAUUAGCGAAUGAGUUAAACUCACAUAUAACUUGGAUUAUAGUGCCUCUGACAUAUGCGUACCCGAUAUUGGUACUUCCGAUUAUGAGGUUUAUAAGCCGUUGUGCAGCGUGUUUCACGAGAGAAGUGAUGUUAUGCGCACGGAAAUAUAUGUACACUAAACUAACCUAUCUUCGCAAAGCCACCUCACUUAGAAUGAGAUCGAUGAGUUAAAGGAUUUCCAAGAGAGCGAGUUUUACGAAAACUGACGAAAUAUAACGAGAGCGCCGAUGGCGUUAAAAGCAUAGGUGCAAGAUACAGGGAAGUUGCUGCUUAAGUAAAUGUUUAGGGAACAGUUGACUGAAUGAAAAACUAAACGGCUAUCAAGAAGAAAAGUUAUUUUUAAGAUUAAGUACAAAUAAUGAAACAGGAAGUGAGGAAAUAUUGCAAAUCUUCCUAUAGCAAUCGGAACAUCAGGAACACGUAUUAAGUGAGCUUGGUAUUUUGCGAGAAAGUAAAUGCCCGGAUGUAAAUGUUAUUUUUGGCUGGACGUUUAUUUCUGUUGUUGUUUUAAUUUGGACAAGAAUAGCUUCCUACAGAUGUGUCCGUUGUUUGUGUAAUGAAAAGAUGAAGUAACUCAUAACAAUUACAUGUUCCUGAGAGAUAUUUGUACAAUGUGGUAAUGAACGUUAUCAUUAAUAUGUGCGAGACAGAACGACUUUUUCAUUCGGAAAAAAACAGUCGGUAAUUUCAAACAAUUACCGACUAUUUAAACAGAUAAUCUCUCCAUUUACAUCAGUGUUUGAAACGCUGAUGAAAAAUAAUUACCCAAGCCUUUCAAAAUUUAAGCACGGACAGAUCUGUAUCGAACUAUUCUUUUCACAAAUGAAAAUAGACGCUACCCUAUUCGUCUGCGUCAAGAAUUUGUCGUAAAAAUUGUGGUAAGCGUUAGAUGCAGACGUGCACAACAGAUUUAGUUCUGAAUACAUAUUUCUGAAUGCAAAUUUUAUAGAAACUCCUCACAGCAGUUACUUCCCUUGCUUCGCCCGGUCAAUAACUUCUAGUAUAAGGGAGACCACUGCGUAGGAGAUUGAGAUUUAUAGUGCAGAUAGAAUUGUUUUACGAACGAAAUUUGUUUUAGGUUAUAAGAAGAUUUUUUGACAUAAAACGGUCUUUAAAAAAUUCACUUAAAACGAUGUCAUCAAUAUUCUUGAAAGAAAACGUUAGAAAAAUGUUUCCAAAUAAAAAAAUGUUGAAUUA